CUGUAACCUUAAUAACGUGGGAGCGCAUUGUUUAUAUUUACACUGCCUCCUGAAGCCGGGAGAGCUAAUGUAUUACUAAAUCAGAGUUUUAACACUAUUUAAUGCUUUUCAGAGCAGACCAGGCGGUUUAUCUCUAUAGAUAGAUAACAUGGCCUCUCUGCGGGUUUUAUCGAGACGUUACUUUACUGUAAAUGUGAAAAAUAAAGCUAUUAGUGGUGUAACUUUAACGUUACUGCAGGAAGAAGGUUUUUCAAGGACAUUUAAUAUCAAUCACCAGAAGGUCUGUGCACGUCCUCAGAAGCUCAGAUUUUUUCACAGUUGUUGUGCAGAUAGAGGACUGUUCGGUGGAGGCGGUGGCAGUUCCCAGCAGCAGACUUUAGAGGAUAUUGCAAAAGGAAUCAGAGACAGAGAGUAUAAAAGAAUAGUGGUGAUGGCUGGAGCAGGGAUCAGUACACCCAGCGGAAUUCCAGAUUUCAGAUCACCUGGCAGUGGGCUUUAUGACAACCUCCAGCAGUACAACCUGCCCUAUGCAGAGGCCAUUUUUGAAAUCAACUAUUUUCAUCACAACCCAAAGCCUUUCUUCGCAUUAGCAAAAGAGCUGUAUCCUGGUAAUUAUCAGCCCAAUCUGACACACUACUUCAUCCGGCUGCUUCACGACAAGGGUCAGCUGCUCCGGAUGUACACUCAGAAUAUUGAUGGACUGGAGAGAAUGGCAGGAAUCCCACCUAAGAUGUUGGUGGAGGCACAUGGAACGUUUGCCACGGCCACCUGCACCGUGUGCCGCAGGGACUAUAAGGGUGAAGAGCUGCGUAAUGAUAUAAUGGCAGGAACGGUGCCUAAUUGCCCUCACUGUAAAGGAGUAAUUAAGCCUGACAUUGUGUUCUUUGGCGAAGAGCUGCCUCAGCACUUCUUCCUAUACCUCACAGACUUCCCAAUCGCAGACCUGGUAAUUGUAAUGGGAACAUCUUUAGAGGUGGAGCCCUUUGCCAGCUUGGCUGGAGCUGUGCGAGGUUCUGUGUCCCGGCUCCUUAUAAACCGUGAUCUGGUGGGACCCUUCGCCUGGGGGUCUCCACGACACAAUGACGUGGCAGAGCUGGGUGAUGUGGUGAGCGGGGUGAGGAGGCUGGCAGAGGCUUUGGGCUGGAUGCCUGAACUAGAGGCUCUUAUGUCUGCUGAUGCUAAGAAGGCUUCAGAGAUGAGAGAGGAAUGACUGGUCGCACAUGAGAGACGGGCUUCGUUUCCUGCAUCCCCCCGAGUCAUUUGGUCAGAGACCUUGUGAUGUUGGGGCUCAAUCACAGCAGAGCUCGGCUACAGCACUCAAGGCUGUGUAAUGGGCAGUAUGUAGCUGCUAGACUGCACUGUACUCUGGGGACUCUGAUUCUAUGGUGCUCCCUGCGUUACACUCGUUUUGCUGCUGUUGUGGCUGUGUUCCAGUCUUGAUGUAGUUAAGGAAUUCUUGGUUAAUGCAUAAUUAGCAGGUGUAAUUAGCAAGUUACACUUGUGUUGUUUUGGCUGUAGAGCCUUUAACGGUGGGUUUUCUUGAAUUAUAGGACAUUUUACCAAGAAUUUCACAGUCAUGUGUUAAAGAUUUAAAAUGUAGUUUUACUUUAAAUUAUAAAUUAUAUAAAUUAACAUUUUUCUAUGGUCUGGUUCAUGCAAAAAAAUAUUUUGUUUUCUAGCAGUAAACUCAGGUCAGGUGCACUGAGCACAUAGGAGUACUUUGUUCUAUAUACAGCUCUGGAAAAUUCAGUUUCUGAAUCAGUUUCAAUGAUUUUGCUAUUUAUAGGUUUAUGUUUGAGUAAAAUGAACAUUGUUGUUUUAUUCUAGAACUACGAACAACAUUUCUCCCAAAUUCCAAAUAAAAACAUUGUCAUUUAGAGCAUUUAUUUGCAGAAAAUGAGAAAUGUCUGAAAUAAUAAAAAGAAGCAGAGCUUUUAGACCUCAAAUAAUGCAAAGAAAACAAGUUCAUAUUCAUAAAGUUUAAGAGUUCAGAAAUCAAUAAUACCGUGUGAAAAUACCCUGUUUUUUUAAUCACAGUUUUUUAAUGCAUCUUGGCAUGUUCUCCUCCACCAGUCUUACACACUGCUUUUGGAUAAAUGUAUGCCUUUACUCCUGGUGUAAAAAUGUAAGCAGUGCAGCUUAGUUUGAUGGCUUGUGAUCAUCCAUCUUCCUCUUGAUUAUAUUCCAGAGGUUUUCAAUUUGGUGAAAUCAAAGAAACUCAUCAUUUCUAAUUGGUCUCUUUUUUUUCCCAGAGCUGUAUAUAUAUAUAUAUUUUUGCAGGAGAACCACCACAGAGCAGAUAUUAUUUGGGUGGGUUAGGGUAAUUUUUUUGUAGCACUGCAGUGAUUGUACUGGCAUGGUGGUGGUGUGUUUUAGUAGUGUGUGUUGCACUAGUACAGGUGAAUCAUACACAGCAGUGCUGCUGGAGUUUUUAAACUAAUGUUCUCUAUUAUGGACUCCUACCUAGAAGAGAAGUGUGCCAUAUCGUAUUGUAUGCAAUAAUAUCGCCAACAUUUUUGAAUAUCGUGAACAAUAUUAUACCCUGAAACAUUGUGCCAUAUCACUCACCUCUAAUUAUCACAUCAGGGUACGACUGUUUUGCUGUUUUUAGCAAAAGAAAAAAUCACACUGUUCUCAUUUCCUUUUGUAUAUCUACUAGAGACAGAUUAUAUCUGUCCAGUAUCACUUAUUUUACUUCAAUCCUGGAUACAUGGAGAUAUUUAGAGUGCAUUAUUAGCAUUAUUAGUAUCAUGACAUUGACUUCUGUUACAUAGCUGAUCAAAUUCUUAUAUUUUUUUUUUCAUUUUGUUGCAUUAGUGUAUUCUUGAAACAAGACACUACACACAGGACGCUGUUGGAUGGAUAUAUUUCAGGUUGGUGGACUAUUCUCAGUCUAACAGAGACACUGAGGUGUUUAAACACUCCAACAGCACUGCUGCACCCAAAUAAUAGCUGCUCUGUGGUGGUCUAUCCUGUGGGGUCCUUACCCUUGAGGAACAGGGUAAAAGGAGGAUAAUAAAGAAUGCAGUGAAACGGAUACACUACAGUCUACAGUCUGUAAUUGUAAUAGUAAAUUUAAAUGGCUAGUUGUGUUAAUGUUAUGGCUGAUGGGUGUCUAUCAACCAGACCAUGCAAAAAUAGACAUUUUAAGACAUGGUUUAAGACUAGUAUUGGACUUACACAGUGUUAUGAUGAGGGAUUUACCAUUGAAAGGAAAAUGACUAGGAUAAAUCCUUGUCUUGGAAACUGACCCCAUAUUUAUAAUAUAUUAUAAUAGUCUUUUAAUAUUGGACAAAAUUGCUGCUAUCUUGGUGAAGUUUCUUAUACACCCCUCUUCCUGUAGUUCUUUCACAUAAUAGCAAUACACAACUGAGCCAAAAACAACUAUUUAAACAAGAUGUUCUGCAAAAUUGAAGCUCAAUAAUAAAGGAAUGGAACUUUGUCGUCAUCA